AUGAGAGCUCUGUUUAUAACCUACGUACUUGCGACCCUAGAAGUCGUUAAGGGCAUACCGCUGGAGCGCAAACAUAAAGUUGAUUGUGCAAAUCUCGCUGGAACUUUUGUGAAUAAUGCGGCACUUAUCCAUCACGCACAGAGUGUGCCUAUAGGAGGUCUCACUUUAUCUGAUGACGGAAAUUCGGUCCAAAAUCAGGUUCCCCUCUGCCAUGUUCAAGGAACCAUUGACUACAUAGCUGGUGGGGAUGCUACCCCAGACCCACGCCGGAAUAACACCCUUACCUGGGAGCUAUACCUUCCGGACGAGCCCUAUUACAAUGGACGUUUCCUUGCCGUAGGGAACGGUGGCUUCGCAGGUGAUAUUGAUAAUACCACUAUGCUCACAAACCUGAAUUCCGGCUUUGCUGUAGCAGGUUGUGACAGUGGACAUCCAGUAUCAGAAAGUGAACAUAGUGGACCUGACGACUCUGUACCAUUCUUAGAUGAUAUCGCAAAAGUGAAAUCCUGGAUCCACAAUUCAAUUGCCAUGACCACCAACGUUACUCGGACCAUCACUGCCAAGUAUUAUGCUGAGCGGCCCACGUACAGCUAUUUUUGGGGCUGUUCAACUGGCGGUGCGCAGGGUUACGCGCUUGCGCAAUACCACCCUACCCUAUUCGAUGGCAUCUAUGCUGGUAGUCCGGGAAAUUGGUACAGUCAUUUGAUACUAAGCUUUCUAUGGAAUGGACUGCAUGCGACAGGGAAGGGAUUCAUGAGCCAAGAUGUUUUGAAUUUUAUCACUAACAGAACAGUGGCUGCCUGCGAUGAGCUGGAUGGUGUCAAAGACGGCUUAAUUGAGAACCCGUUGAGGUGUCACUUCGAUAUCAAGACACUGGAGUGCCAACCCAGCCAGACUCCCAUUGUCAAUGAUGAGACUCUCUGCUUGACUACAGCACAGAUCCAAACCGCGCUCCAGGUUUAUUCCGGCCCGAAAGACCAACGGACAGGGAAGCAGAUCUAUCCUGGCUUUGACUUAGGCUCAGAAACCGGUUGGCUGGCUCAAGAAACAUCUUUGUAUUCCUCAUAUGCGGCUCCGAUUCUUCGACAGCUAGUAUUCAAGGACAGGACCUAUAACGUUACAUCGUUUAACUGGGGCUCUGACGUUGAUUAUCUAGACCACACCACAUCACCGGCCAUCGACGAGAUUUCUCCAGAUCUGUCGGCAUUCAGUCAGCGAGGAGGCAAGCUGAUCACGGUUCAAGGAUGGGCAGAUCAGUACAAUGCCGCUACCUGGCCGAUCGAGCAUUUGAAACGGAUCCAGUCGACGGUCCAAGGGCAACAUGCCUCUGAUUUUAUCCGAUUGUUCAUGGUUCCUGGCGGUGGACAUUGUGGGGCCAAUCCAGCGUACAGUCAUGUACCAGCCACUUACCAUGUUCUUGAUGCUUUGUUGCCGUGGGUGGAAGAUGGGAUUGGUCCCGAAGAAAUUGUGAGCUCUACGCCUCCUAACGGGUCAAAUACAACUAGGAAGCUGUGUGUAUGGCCGAAGGAGGCGAGAAUUCUCAAUGGAAGCGUAAGCGACUGGAAGAGCUACAAGUGUGCUUAG